UCCUAGCAGCCUUAGUCUCCUUUCUUUUCUUCUUCUCUUACCAGGAAAUUAUCUUUAGUAGGAUUCAUCUCCCCUGUUUCUCUUGCUAGAAAUGCUGAGCUUAUUAUCGCAUGUGAGAUUUGCACCAUUUUUCUUUUGUUGUUGCCUGUAAGAGGUUAAGUUUCGGCUUUGCAUGAUGCCCCUAUAUGACUAUUUCAACUUUUUUAAGGGACUGCAGACCUCCCAAAGGUUCCAAGGGGGGUUAUACUGUCAAUUGACAUACAUUAAUAUUAACCAUUUUGAAGUACUAAGGUAGUAAGGUGCCCCAAUCUCCUUAUUGCAUAUGACAAUGCUGCUUUUGUUCUUUUUUUUUUCCGGCGGUGCGGGGAGUAUGGUGGCUGACUAGUCAGAAGGGGAGAGAUAAUGGAAGAAGAAGGGAGGUUUGAAGCUGAGAUAGCAGAGGUGCAAGCAUGGUGGAACUCAGAGAGGUUCAAGCUGACCCGGCGACCGUACUCAGCUAGAGAUGUUGUGGCUUUACGAGGCAACCUCAGACAGAGCUAUGGCUCAAACGAGAUGGCCAAGAAGUUAUGGAGAACUCUCAAGACACACCAAGCAAACAGCACUGCCUCAAGGACCUUUGGUGCACUUGACCCUGUCCAAGUAACCAUGAUGGCCAAGCACUUGGACACCAUUUAUGUCUCUGGUUGGCAAUGUUCCUCAACUCACACCACCACCAAUGAGCCAGGUCCAGACCUUGCUGACUAUCCUUAUGACACUGUCCCAAACAAGGUGGAACACCUUUUCUUUGCACAACAAUACCAUGACCGCAAACAAAGAGAGGCACGAAUGAGCAUGAGCCGGGAGGAGAGGGCUCGAACCCCUUAUGUUGAUUACCUGAAGCCAAUCAUUGCUGAUGGUGAUACUGGAUUUGGUGGCACCACGGCCACUGUUAAGCUUUGCAAGCUUUUCGUGGAGCGUGGUGCUGCUGGUGUCCACAUUGAGGAUCAGUCCUCUGUAACAAAAAAAUGUGGUCACAUGGCUGGUAAGGUGCUUGUUGCUGUUAAUGAACACAUUAACAGGCUUGUUGCUGCAAGGUUGCAGUUUGAUGUUAUGGGAGUGGAGACCGUCUUGGUGGCUAGGACUGAUGCUGUUGCAGCUACUUUGAUCCAAACCAAUGUCGACACCAGGGACCAUCAGUUUAUUCUAGGUGUGACUAAUCCAAAUCUUCAGGGAAAAAGUCUGGCCACUAUGUUGGCAGAAGGAAUGGCUGCUGGUAAAAAUGGUCCUGAACUUCAGGCCAUUGAAGACAACUGGCUAGCCAUGGCACAACUUAAGACAUUCUCUGAAUGUGUUAUUGAUGCAAUUAAGAACAUGAACAUCAGGGAGGAUGAGAAGAGGAGGAGAAUGAAUGAAUGGAUGAACCAUACCAGUUAUGACAAGUGCCUCUCAAAUGAACGGGCCAGAGAGAUUGCAGAGAGAUUGGGGCUCAAAAACAUUUACUGGGACUGGGAUUUGCCUAGAACCAGAGAAGGGUUCUAUAGGUUUAAGGGGUCCGUAGCGGCUGCAGUUGUUCGCGGUUGGGCUUUUGCUUCUCAUGCUGACCUUAUCUGGAUGGAGACUUCAAGCCCAGACUUGGUUGAGUGCACCAAGUUUGCAGAAGGGGUGAAAUCAAUGCACCCUGAAAUCAUGUUGGCUUACAAUCUCUCACCAUCGUUCAACUGGGAUGCAUCAGGGAUGACUGAUGAUCAGAUGAGAGACUUCAUUCCUAGAAUAGCCAAGCUGGGUUUCUGUUGGCAGUUCAUAACACUGGCUGGUUUCCAUGCUGAUGCACUGGUGACCGAUACAUUUGCAAGAGAUUUUGCAAGGAAGGGAAUGCUAGCAUAUGUUGAGAAGAUCCAAAGGGAAGAGAGGAACAAUGGAGUGGACACACUUGCUCACCAAAAAUGGUCAGGUGCAAACUUUUAUGAUAGGUAUCUAAAGACUGUCCAGGGAGGCAUCUCAUCCACUGCUGCCAUGGGAAAAGGAGUGACUGAGGAGCAAUUCAAGGAAACAUGGACCAGGACAGGAGCCACGGGCGUUGGAGGUGAAGGCAAUCCGGUGGUUGCUAAGGCUAGAAUGUAAGAGAAAGACAGAGAGAGAGAGAGCAACAUGAGUUAUGGUGAGGGGACAAAGGGAUGGUCUAUUUGGAGCAUUACGCCAUUACCAAUUCUUCAACUAGGGAAUUGGGAUAGGAAUAAUAAAUAUGGUAAUAAUAUCAUAGGAGAAUGGAUCAUUAUGGGGCAAUUUUUUUGGCCACAUUGUGCUUCUUUUUAAGCUCUUCACAGCUUUGUUAAAGAUGAAACUCGGUUCUUUUAUAUGGUAGUGAGAGGAAAAAGCUUUGGUUUUUAA